GUUUCCCCCUCGUUCUCUGAAGAAUGGCAUCAGGGUUUGGCUACCACGGAGGUGUCCCUCGCUGCUUCGCAUACUGGCAGGAGUUCUCCAAAUGCUAUGCCCAGACGGACGUCCCUAGCCAGUGCACGGCGCAAGCCGAAGACUACCUCGAAUGCCUCCACCACACGAAGGAGAUUGCGCGUGCGAAAGCAGUCAAGGCCGAAUUCAUCCGCAAGGCGGAGCACCAGGCCCACGAUAGGCGCAAGGCGGCGGAUAUUCUUGCGGACGGUGUCAUUGUCGGUGUUGGGCUGAUACAACGUGGGGAGGCGGCGCAUUCGAAGUAGGCGCUAUGCCAUUUCUCUAAUCUAUCUCGCUUUCA